AUGGACCGUGAUGACGAAUGGUCUGCAGAAAAAAGGCACAUAAAGCGACGUCGCAACCUGACGCCUGCAGAAAAGCAGGCGCAGGAUAUUGAGCAGCUUUUUGAUAAUCCCGCAAGUGCUAUGCGGCUGCCAUCGCCGCCGCCUCCGGUAUUCAGAGUGCGGCCGCCCCCCGACAUGGUGCCCCAUGUCCAAGGCAGCAGCUCCGGCGUGGGCAGUGGCGAGUUUCAUGUAUACAAAAUGACACGAAGAAACGAAUCUGACCGCAUUAAUGCUAUGAAAUAUGAAGCAGAUCGAGCCGCAGCCCAAGAGGAGUUCGAUAAGAAGCGUGCCAUGCAAGCAGCACAGGAUGAAGCGAAGACGUCCAAGAAUCGCACGCGACGCGAAAAAAAGAAACAAGCUCUGCAACGUGCACGUCAGGCGAACGAGACAAGGACCUCGCCGUCCGGAGACGUGCCUGGCAACAUAUCGCCCUUGAGAGUCGAGUCUCAAAAAAGCCCUGCUACAUAG